ACUCCAAGCUCUGAACCCAAACCCAAAACCCAAAUGGACUCUUCUUUCCCUCCACUCUCUCUUCACCUUUACACACCGGAAACACACUCACAACCACCACCACCACCAGCACAACCACAGCCACACUUCAGUUCAACACUUCAUUCCAUUAAGAAGCCGCCGGUGAAGUCUUGGCGCCGGUCGGAGCAGCCACCUCCAAGAGUUUACCGUGUUGAGCCACGUGGAUUCCGUAAACUAGUGCAACGACUCACCGGCGCACCACCAAAACAGGCUGGGUCACGGCCUCUUAGAGACACUGCACCGAUGCCGGCUCCACUUGAGUUGGCACCCAGACCUUUGCCACAGCCUGUUCAGAGCCAAGUUGAGCUUGGUCCUGGUCCUUUGCUAGAUAACAAUGGCUUCAUGGGGUUCAAUAUCUCUCAGCCGUUUUAUUCUGGCUGGUGUUUGUCUCCAUUACUCAGCCCUGGAACUUUGUCUGCUUUGGACCAUGGCAGCAGCCCUGUGCUUUGAGGAUAUAUAUAUAUAUACUUAAUUAGCAUUCACCGGUGUUUAUUUAUUGUAUUCUGCUAAUUAAUGACCAGCUUCCUGUUUAGAUAGGAAGUUAGGAUUACAUGUAUUAUUACAUUGCUAAUGUUGUUUUAUUAUAAAUAAAAUUGUAAUAUUGCUAAACUACGUACGUGCAUGUAAUUAAU